GCAACUUAAAGAAAGAAGAAGCGGAGAGAGAGGAGCAUCUGCCGCCCGAUCCUUCAUCUGGGGGGGAAUCUGAGCUCAGUCCCCCGACCGAGAGCGACCGUGAGCGGGGAGAGCUGUGUGAGAGGAGGGGUGAUAUCUGGACACUUCUUCUGAGCAGGUCCCAUUGAACCCUAUCAGGACCAUUCACAGACUGGCGGACUCUGUUUUAACGUUGUUUUAUGGUCUGUACCAGGAUAUCUAUAGAACAGACUGGACUUGUCACUUUUUAUUCUAUUUUAUCACCUAUUUUAAUUUUAUUUUUUUAAUGUAAAUUUUUUUAAUUUUUAUUUUUUUGCUGUUGACGUACAUGCCCCUAGGAGAGCUUCUUCCAAGUGUUGCCAUCUGCAGUAGUUUGCUCCAGGACGCCGCCCGCUAUCCCGGCUUACCGGCCUGAUUGUGCCGCAGAGAUCUGACGCUAUUCGGACAUGUUGCUGGACGCUGGUCCCCAGUUCCCAGCUCUCGGUGUGGGCACGUUUGCCCGGCACCACCACCAUCACCACCACCAUGCCGCAGUGGCAGCCGCAGCUGCAGCGGCCGCAGAGAUGCAGGAGAGGGAGCUGAGUUUGGCGCAAAACAGCUUCGUGGAGCCGGCGCACAUGGGCGCCUUCAAGCUGAAUCCUGGAGGGGGUUCCGGGGGAGGCGGAGGGGGAGGCAGCGGGGGAGCCGGGGUACCCGUAGGCUCCGGGGCCAAUGGACCCCACGAUUUGUCCCCCCCGGGGCAGGGCUCGGCUUUCACCUCCCAGGCCGGGUAUCCCUCCUCAGCCCUGGCCCCCCAUGCUGCCUACACCGGGCCAGCCUUCAACAGCCCCCGGGACUUCUUGUUCCGCGGCCGGGGGUUCGCAGAGGGUGCCGGGGCAGCGGGAGGGGGUCAGCACGGCUUGUUUGGGCCCCCAGCUGGCAGCCUGCACCACCACCCCCAUCACCACCAGCUGUCCCACGGGGAGCACCCCCAGAGCCACCUGCUGUUCCCCGGCAUCCACGAGCAACAUGCAGCCGCUACACAGAGCCCCCUGGGCGGCCAGAUGAGGCUGGGUCUGCCUGGGGAGGUGUUCGGCAGGACUGAGCAGUAUCGGCAGGUCACCAGCCCCAGGGGGGACCCCUACACCGCAGCCCAGCUCCACAACCAGUACGGCCCCAUGAACAUGGGCAUGAACAUGGCUGCCCACCACCAUCACCACCACCACCACCACCCGGGGGCCUUCUUCAGGUACAUGAGGCAACAGUGCAUCAAGCAGGAGCUCAUCUGCAAGUGGAUUGACCCCGAGCAGCUCAGUAACCCCAAGAAAAGCUGCAACAAGACUUUUAGCACCAUGCAUGAGCUGGUCACCCAUGUGUCUGUGGAGCAUGUUGGGGGCCCCGAGCAGAGCAACCAUAUCUGCUUCUGGGAGGAGUGCACCAGAGAGGGCAAGCCCUUCAAAGCCAAAUACAAACUGGUUAACCACAUCAGAGUCCACACUGGAGAGAAACCUUUCCCAUGCCCCUUUCCUGGAUGUGGCAAGGUCUUUGCCAGGUCAGAAAACCUUAAAAUCCACAAAAGGACUCACACAGGAGAGAAGCCUUUCCAGUGCGAGUUUGAAGGCUGCGAUAGACGCUUCGCUAACAGUAGCGAUAGGAAGAAACACAUGCAUGUCCAUACCUCGGACAAGCCCUAUCUGUGCAAGAUGUGUGACAAGUCCUACACCCACCCCAGCUCCCUGAGGAAGCAUAUGAAGGUCCACGAGUCCUCUCCACAAGGCUCAGAGUCGUCACCCGCUGCCAGCUCUGGCUAUGAGUCUUCAACUCCCCCAGGUCUGGUGUCCCCCAACACUGAAACACAGAGCACUAACCUGUCCCCAGCCAGCGCCGCAGUGAAUGUUGUACACAGUGUAUCCAAUGGGCCUGGGGGAGCUCUAUCUUCAAAUUUCAAUGAAUGGUACGUCUAGGGGCCCCUGCAUGGCUUCUUCAGGACUCUAUAGGCCACCAGAGACAUUGCAGGACUCACCACUGAGCAGAUAUAGACCCUGGGCUUGUAAGAGUUCUGGGGGGAUUUGUGAAAAGCACACACAUACACACACCAGCAGAGUGAUAAAAACACAAUGUACAGUGACCAGGAGGAUGCAGGAACAGAGCUCAAGCAAAUGGUUAUUUAUCCCUCUUCCUUCUAAAAUGAAAAGUCUGAUUUGUAAUCUAGCUACGUACCUACCUACCUACCCUAACAUGUUCUCAUUACAUGAACAUGGGUUGAAGUGACUUUAAUCUGGACCUCUUGCAAUGUAUGUCUCAUUCCUUUGUACAUAGGACUCUGCAUAACAAGGGAUGGGUUUUCUUUCAAUUGGGGGGAGGGAGGGGGAGGUGGAAGAUUUAAAAUGUCCUCUUUUGUUUAUUUUUUUCACAUUUUUAUUUACUUUUUUUAUUGUGAUCUUUACGUAUUGUCCUACUUUUUUUUUGUUUUGUUUUAUUAACGAAACUUGAUUGUAAUUUUCAUGCAGCUGGGCUGGGAAACAAUAAAACUCUGUGCCAAAGUCUCUACUGUUUGUCUAAACUAUAACAGGCGUUCACUUAUACACCAGGCUCGUGAAUGUACUUUAUUUCUGUUAACUGGGGAGGGGAGGGGUGUCCAUGUGCUGUUUUUUGUGCUUUUUGCAAGUUCGAUUUACUCUUAAUGUUUAAAAAGACCGCUGGGAGGGGGAAUGUAAUCGUUGUGCAGUCUGCUUCUUCCCAUAACUAUCAGCCUUUCUCCUGUAAAUAGCCCUUUUACCAUAUUUAUCCAUUUGUAAUUAAAUUAUGAUAUUGACUUACUACAGAGGAAACACU